UGAAAGGAAAUAACAUCUCGAAAGCAUGUUAUAUUUUUAGAUAAUAUUUUUCAGAAAGCAAGUUGAAUAUGUACAUGUUAUAUCGUAUUUUUCUCAUCUUGAUAAAUAUACGUAUAUAUGUAUACCUAUGGGAGAGCAGAAACCCCGAAAACAGAGAGAUGGAUAUUUCAGCACCAGCAUUGUUUCUCCUCGUCUGCUUUCUGUUGUCAUGUUUCUUUGUCUUCGCCACCGCCAAAUCCCGGUCGAGCUCUGGCGGAUCCGUCGUACUGCCACCGGGUCCUCCGCCGUUGCCCAUCAUCGGAAACAUUCUCCAUUUCGGAAAAAAUCCUCACCGUUCAAUCGCCGAGCUCUCCAAAACUUACGGACCAGUAAUGAGCCUGAAGCUUGGGACUUUAAACACAGUGGUCGUGUCUUCACCAGAAGCAGCGAAAGAGGUGCUUCAGACACACGAUCAUGUCCUGUCGGCUCGAACCUCCCCCAACUCCGCACGAGCCAUUGGCUACCAUGAUGUUUCCGUUGUCUGGAUGCCUCCGUCAGCUCUUUGGAGGCAACUGAGGAAAAUAUCAGCCAGUCAAUUGUUUUCUCCACAACGUCUUGAAGCGACCAAGACCGUACGGAUGAAAAAGGUGAAGGAACUAAUGAGCUUCCUGUAUGAAAGCUGCGAGAGAGGAGAAGCUGUUGAUAUUGCUCGUGCAUCUUUCGUCACGUCCCUCAAUAUCGUCUCGAAUGCUCUGUUUUCAGCCGAUUUCGCACGCUACGACUCGAAAGAAUCUCAUGACUACCAUGAUCUCGUGGUUCGUGUCACGAAAUCCGCUGGGAAACCCGAUAUCGCCAACUUUUUUCCAUUUCUAGGGUUUCUUGAUCUACAAGGUUCUCGCAAAGAAUUCAAGGUUUGCACGGACAGGCUGUUAAAGGUUUUCCAAGGGUUAAUCGAUGAUAGGUUCAGAGAGAGGUUAAACCGGACUGAGCCCAGAGAUGGUUCGAGAACAGAUCUGCUGGAUUCCCUUCUCGACCUCAACCAAGAUGACGAAUCAGAACUAAACAUGAAUGUUAUCAAAUCUCUGCUUCUGGAUUUGUUUGGAGCGGGGACCGACACGAAAUCCAGCACAGUGGAAUGGGCAAUGGCCGAGUUACUGCGCAAUCCGACUAAAAUGACGAAAGUCCAGACAGAGAUUGGUCGGGUAAUCGGUGAGAACGUUGUUUUUGACGAUUCCGAUAUCCAGAAACUCCCAUACUUGCAAGCAGUGGUGAAAGAGACUCUCCGUUUGCACCCACCGGUUCCAUUCCUAAUCCCGCGCAAAGCACAGUCAGAUGCACGUAUUUUUGAAUUUUUCGUACCUAAGAACGCGCAGGUUCUGGUUAACGUGUGGACUAUAGGACGAGACUCGAGCGUGUGGGAAAACCCGACGCAGUUCGAGCCGGAGAGGUUCUUGGGAAGUGAAAUAGACGUGAAGGGCAAAGAUUUUGAGCUGAUACCGUUCGGAGCCGGACGAAGGAUAUGUCCUGGAAUGCCAAUGGCUUUUAAGACAGUGCCUAUGAUGCUUGUUUCACUUCUACAUUCCUUUGACUGGAAACUCCAAAACGGCGCCGUCCCGGAAGAACUGGACAUGGAAGAGGCCUUCGGUGUUACACUGCACAAGGCCCAGCCCCUCUAUGCCGUUCCCGUCAUGAAACGUGUCGGACCAACUUCUUCUGCGGAGAUUUGAUUCGUAAAUCUUCGUAAUACUUCAUCUGUAUGUUCGAUGGUAUGAAUAAUGUUUAGGUUAUGUGAAAGAAGUUGGAACCCAAGCCAUGUUAAAAAAAAGUCUGUCGAUACAACUUCCUUCCUCUAGGGUUCUGUUUCUAGAAUUUGUAAACGAAGAAAACCAUGGGCCUAA